CACUGCGAACAGAAGCGACGAGCCUAGUCGACUAAAAAUUUGAAAUCAGUUUGAUUCUGGCAAUCGAAGUCUUUACAAGUGACGCGGAAAGAUCUAGAAUGCAGUGCUCUUAUAUACUGGCAAUCUGUGUCAGCUUGCUGCUCCUGAAACUGGAGCGAACAGCAGCCACUUCCGUUUCCGCAGGACCGAGUCAGGAACUUAUAAAUGCGGCCAGGGCAGUGGAGUUGGAUGAAGUUGGCUUGCGAGAGUUGUGGAAGAGCAGGCAGCCGCUGGUUAUCAGAAAACAAAACGAUGCUGGACUUGUCACCACUGUGACCUAUGAGCUAGGUCCGGAUGGCAGAUCGAUUUCAAGGAGCAGGGUUUUAGAGAGCAUCCUGCCUGCUAGGCUGGAGGAUAAUUCCGCCUCCAAGCCCCGGGAAGAUUGGGAAUAUGUGCCGAGUCCAGGGCCUCAGCUCCGCCGUCCCAUUGGAGAAUCUAGUUUCGGGACUGGUAAUUUUGAAACUAAUGUAUUUGACACGGGUUUCCCGAGGUCUAUAUUGUUUCCGAACUGGGAGCUGCCAGCGGGAGUGACUCCGAGAGUUACAACUAGGACGGAAACGGAUGGCUUGGGACGAAAGGUGACCAUCACAACUAGAUCCUACAGCGGCACUCUGCUCCCAGGAAGUAAUGUGUUCAAGCAGACAUUCCCCGACAUCUCAGAAGAGCCUGGUCCAAUCAACACAGACUUCAACCCGGCCCAAAAUCCGAACACUGCAUCCUUCACCCCAUCUCGCACUGCACCUACUGAUACCAACUCUGUACAUCAUUCCCGACCAAGUCAAGGGGCUCCCGUCUUUGUGCCAGUGAUUGACUCAACGCCCACCACCCAGCGGCCUUCAGUGCCCCUGCCCACCCUCGCAGCAGCAGGAGCCGGCGGAUCGGACCAGGUGAUUGAUGAUUUCUUGAAACAAGUGGAUCUGAGUGCCUCAGAAAUCGAGAACUCGAAUGGUGAAGUGGUCAAGACGAUUCUGGAUAAGAACGGUAGAAUUCUUACCGCCAGAUUUGUUCUAAGCACCGUCAAAGGAACUCAGGAAGGUCCUCAACAGCCAAAGCCGACCAAGUAAAUAUCAAUAUUAUAUAGAAAAUGUCGCGUUAUUUGUAAACAAUGCUUAUAAGCACAGAGCGCAGUUAAAUAAAUGAGCUUAUCAGCCGGGGCAAACCCAGAAAAUAUAA